UUCCAAUAGUACGGAAAAGCCGCGAUACGUUAGGUCAUGAAACAUAAAACCAAUUAUUUGUUCACGCCUACGCCAGAGGAUUAUGGGUAUUGUGGUUUGGUAUUUCGUCGUGGACACAGCAUGGCAGCGAAACAGAAAAGAAAACUGGAGGACUUGAGUAUGGACGAGUUCCUGUUGUCAGGUUUUGAGUCCCCAAACGAAGAUGAUUCUGAAGAAGAAUCUCCCCAAAAGACAACAAAGAAAGACAGUGACUCCGACAUAAAUGUCAAGAAGGGUAAAGCCUCUCAGCACAAGGAGCAGCUGUCCAGAUUACAGAGCAAAGAUCCAGAGUUUUACAAGUUUCUGCAAGAGAACGACCAGUCACUCCUAAAUUUUGAUGACACGGACACUUCUGAGGAUGAGGAUGAGAAAACGUACCACAAACUACCAUCUGUACUGGAGGAAGCCAGCUCUGGUGACGAGGAUGAGGAUGGGGAUGAGGAAGAAGGCAAGGAGGGUUCAAAGAAGUCCAAGCAGACAACAGAGACGAUCAAAAUCACAGACAAAAUGAUUGAAGGCUGGAAAGCAGCUAUGAGGAAAGAACCCACGCUUCGUCUCUUCAGAGACGUCACUCAGGCUUUCAAGGCGGCUCUCGCCACGGCAAAGGGUGAAGAAGAGGGUCCAUGUCGGUACAAAGUGGCUGACAGCUCAGUCUUCAAUGCUUUGGUCCUGUUCUGUAUCAAAGAUAUUUAUGUGGCCCUGCAAAAGAUACUCAACCUGAAGCCAAGCAAAGACCAGAAAAAAUUGUUGCUCCCUUCAUCGAGCUCAAAAUGGCAGAAAAAUCAAACUGACAUAAAGAUGUAUCUAACCGGAGUGGUUCAGCUGUUGUCCUGUCUAACAGAAUCAACAGUCAUCUCUGCAGUUCUGCAGCACAUCAACCAGCUUAUCCCCUACUACCUUUGUCUGCCCAAACAGUGUCGUCACCUUAUCAAGCAACUAUUGAAUCGUUGGAGCACGGGGGAGGAAACAAAUCGGGUUCUUUCCUUUUUGGCCCUCAACAAAAUCUGCAGACACAAACAGGAAGCAUAUCUCAACCCUAUUUUAAAGCAAAUGUACAUUUCCUACGUGCAAAACUGCAAGUUCACUUCUCCCAAUGUACUCCCCAUGAUCAACUUCAUGCAGAGAACUUUGACAGAAGUGUACUCUUUGGACACGCAGGUCACCUAUCAGCACGCCUUUAUCUACAUUCGACAGCUGGCCAUUCACCUCAGAAACGCCAUGACCAUGAAGAAAAAGGACACCAACCAGUCGGUGUAUAACUGGCAGUAUGUGCACUGUCUGUACCUGUGGUGUCGUGUCCUCAGCACCCUGUACCCCAGUGAUGUUCUCCAACCUCUGAUCUAUCCACUCUGCCAAAUCAUAAUUGGCACCAUCAAGCUGGUGCCUACAGCAAAGUUUUACCCUCUGAGGAUGCACUGCUGCAGAGCCCUCACCCUGCUCUCUGGCAGCACCAACACCUUUGUGCCUGUUCUGCCUUUCCUCUUGGAGAUUUUCCAGCAGGUAGACUUCAACAAAAAACCAGGCCGAAUGAGUAAGAAACCCAUCAACUUCGCUGUCAUCCUGAAACUGAACAAAGUCAACCUGAUGGAAAAAGCCUACAAGGACGGGCUGAUUGAUCAGCUGUACGACUUGAUCCUGGGGUACUGUCACACCCAGGCCAACUCCAUCGGCUUCCCUGAGCUCGUCCUGCCCACCGUUAUCCAGCUGAAAGCUUUCCUGAAGGAAUGCAAAGUGGCCAAUUACUCCAAGCCAGUGCGCCAGCUGUUGGAAAAGAUACAGGAGAACAGUCGCUUUAUCGAAGGACGGAGACAGAAAGCUACCUUUGGAGUGGCUGAUUCUGCAGCUGUGGCGGCCUGGGAGAAGCAGAUCCAGCAGGAGGGGACUCCCCUCACCAGAUACCACAGCCAGUGGAAGAAGCUGCGGGAGAAGGAGAUCCAGCUGGAGAUUUCUGGCAAAGAAAGGCUGGAGGACCUGAACUUCCCGGAGAUCAAUCGGAAGAAGUUCCAAGAGAAAAAAACGGAGGACAAGAAGGAAUUCAAGGGUCUGUUUGAGUCUGACAGYGACUCAGACGAUGAUGACACAGGACUCAAAAUCAAACGUAAAAAGAGCAACGAUGCUUCAGAUGAUGAUGAUGAUGAUGAUCUGGAGGGUUUGUCUGACAUGAGUGAUGAUGAAGGAGACUCAGGUGAUGAGGAAGAUGAUGAUGAUGAUGAUGAUGAUGAUGAUGAUGAUGAUGAAAAAGCCUCCACGGCUCCUCAGUCGCUGACCUCUGCAGCUCUGAUAAAGCUGGCAGAGGGAGAGGAGGAUGUGGUUGAAGACCUGCAGCUGUCUGAUGAAGACUAGGAUUCCUCCCAUUUGUUCUGCCCUUUUUAACAUUCACAUUCAUGUUAUUUUUUGGACUUUUUUUUUUCUCUGUGAUUUUACAUUUUACUUCAUGUGUACAGCACAAAUAAGAUUAUGGUGUAUUUCAUGGAGCUUUGAAACUGGUAAACUUUUGAAGAAUCCA